AGUCUCUUUGUCUCCCUUUUCAACACAUUUAAAAUUAUCGCUUGUUUGCAUGCGCGAAGCAGCAAACACCAUAGCCCACCAUGUUUUCCCGCAACAAGGACCUCCCCCACAUGUCCUCCUUCUCCAACAUCCGGUCGCGCUUCAAAAACAGCAUGUCGUCCUCGGCCAAGAUCCGCAGUUCCGAGGGCUGCUGGACCUGUCGCCUGCGCCGCAAAAAGUGCGACGAGGCUCGGCCCGUCUGCGAAGGGUGCGCCCAGCUCGAGAUCAACUGCUUCUAUAGCGAGACGAAACCGGACUGGAUGGACGGCGGCGAGCGUCAAAAAGAGAUGGCCGACCAGCUCAAGAAGCAGGUCAAGAUCCAGGCCAAUAACCGCCGCGAGCGAAAGUACCUACAGGGCCUCGACGUGGAGGGAGGAGGCGGAGUUGGCGGCGGAGGAGGCGGCGGAUCCGAGGAUGGCGAUCAUGUUCCUCCCGUGCCGGCCCUGAGUGCCGACGACGGCUCAUCAAAGGCCAACGACUCCAAUAGUCCGUCCACCGUGAACGACACCCCCGGCGACUCAUCGUCUAGUCCGCCCUUUCAGAUGGACUCGGUCAAGUCGUCUAUUCAUGAAAUCGUCCCCGGCGCAUCACCGAAUCAGAUGCGCCAACACACCCCGGAAUGGAACAACCACUCCAGCCCAGUAUCCGCCACACAACAACAACAACAACAACAACCCGACUUCGCCGCCGGCACAGGCAUGGGCACCUCCGCCCAAACCUCAUCCCCGCCCUUCGCCGACGACUCCAACCUAAGCUUCAUCAUGAUCUACCUCGACUACGUCUUCCCCUUCCUCUUCCCCUUCUACAAACCCGCCCUCCUCGAAGGCGGCCGCGGCUGGCUCCUCAACGUCCUGAACCACAACAAGGCCCUCUACCACACCGCCCUCAGCCUCUCCUCCCACUUCUUCGGCGUCGUCCUCGACUCCGCCCAAGUCGAACACGCCCCCUGCCACAUGAAAUCCGUCGCCAGCCUCCGCCACCAAAUGCACCUCGCCCUCCGCGAGCUCCGCGCCGACAUGACCCGCAUCAACGAGCCCGGCCCCGGUGGCGUCCCCCGCGACCCGCAAGACCAACUCCAGCAAAGCUGCCACGUCCUCGAGAGCAUCGUCCAGCUCCUCAUCUUUGACGUGACCUUGGCCACAACGGACCACUGGCACAUGCACCUCGACGCCGCAACAAUCAUCUUCCAACAAAUCCUCCCCAGCCCAGACCGCUGGGACUCAACAAUGAACAGCAUGGCCAUCCCCCUCCUCCAAGGCGUCUCCUUCCCUCCCGGAUCCCACAAACCCUGGUCCUCCGACCAAGCCGCCCUCCGCUUCUUCACCGCAUCCCUCUUCUACUUCGACAUCAUCUCCGCCACCGCCCUCGAGCGCCCGCCUCGCCUCCAACGCUACCACCGCCACCUCCUCUCCCCGCGCAAAGAACCCUCCACCGCCUGCGCCGAAGUCGAGCCCCGCCUCCGACUAGAAGAGUACUUUGGCUGCCAAUCCUGGGUCCUCCAAAUCAUUGGUGAAAUCGCCUCCCUCGACGCCUGGAAAAAAGAAACCCGCCGCGCGGGCUCCCUCUCCAUGACGCACCUCGUCUCCCGCGCAGGCUGCCUCGAGCUCGCCCUCCGCGAGGGGAUAGCCUGCAUGGACAACGCCUGCCCGCAGCUAAUGGGCUCCCCCAACUGCGCCGAAGAAAUGGCCUGUCGAACGGGCUCCUGCUCCGCCAUGGACGCCGAGGAUGCUUCCGCGCCGCCGCCGCACCCUACGCACGUCGAUACUACAAGACUCCCGCCUGAUCCGCUGACGUUCUACCAAUCCCAGCAAACGCGCGAUGCGAGCGACGCAGCGCGCCUACACACCAAAAUAUGGGCCUACGCCGCACUAACAUACCUCUCGACCGUCGUGUCGGGAUGGCAACCCUCCUGUCCGGAAACAGCCUCCAGCGUGGCCAUCACGAUUGACCUGCUCAACUCGCUGCAUAGCCCCGUGUGUCUACGCACCGUCGUCUGGCCGUUUUGCGUGAUUGGAUGUUUGGCGGAUCCGUGCCAGGAGCACAUGUUUCGCGAGAUGGUGGGUAAGAUGGGUGCGCUCGAAGUGUUUGGGUCUAUCAAGGCUGCGUUGGGGGUUAUGGAGAAUGUGUGGGCCAAGAGGGAGACCAUUGACGAGAGCUGGGAUAUUACGGCUUGUUUCAAGGUUCUUGGGCAUGCUGUGCUCUUGACUUGA